UCUGAUUCAGAGAUAUUGAAAGAUAAAACUAAACUACGAUUCGGAAAGCACUGACAGUAACUUCAACAGGCUGUUGUUCAUGUGAUAAAUUGAUGCCACACAGUUCACCAAAAAUGAGUGCGUGUUGUGUUUUGUAGUAGGCAACAUAAAGAAAGAGAUGUCUUUAACAAUACAGCAAAUUAUUCUGGAUGCCAAACGUCUAGCUAACCGAUUGAAGGAACAUGAUACAACAGCGGACGCUUUGCUGUCACAGGCACAGAACGUGUAUCAGAAAAUUGACACAAUGAAGCAGUACCAAGAGAAAGCGAAUGAACUGAAUGAAUCAGCACGUCAGCGGCCACAUGCUGUGCUUGUGGCAGGCAUCCAGCAGGAGAACAGGCAUUUACGUGAAUUACAGCAAGAAAACCGGGAACUAAGAGCUGCUCUGGAUGAACACCAAAAGGCACUGGAGCUUAUUAUGUCAAAAUACCGUCAACAUGUUACACGGCUGGUAGCGUCGUCUAAAAUUGAUCUUGCUGCAUUGGGCACACACAAAUAUUCUAAGAUCCCAUCACAAACGGAAACCUUGCAAGAUGCAGAACAAGAAAAGGUAAUUUGUGAACAGUCUAAUAAGAUUUGUGAAAUGGCUGCUGUUAUGAGGAAAUCAGCUGAAAUUGAUGAGCAAAAAGCACUUGAGGAAAGAGAAUUGGUGACCAGGUUGGCUACUGAAAAUAAGGGAUUAAGAGAACUACUUGAAAUUUCCUGCAAAAAUGGUACCCUCCGAAAUAGCCUACUUGGCAUAGAAUCUGAAGAUAAAGAAAUGCAAACGGAAAUGAACUGUGAAACUUCUUGACAGAAGUAAACAUCUGGAGGAAAAAGCACAAUGAAAGACAAACCAAGUGAUUUGUUUCUCUUUUUAAUGUGGCAGCAUGAGUCAUUAUAUAUUACAUCACUGAACUAAUGUGCAAUGAUUCUUGCCUCUGAUAAAGGAAUUGGUAAUGACUGAAUCUCACAUAAUGUUGAUGUGACUGUUAAAAAUUUCUUUUGUACUACAUUUUAUACAUUAUACACUUUCCAUUGUGGUAUUCUGCUGGGAAUAAACUGUGUUUCUCUGACUGUACAGCUGAAUGUUAAUGGCCAAAAUGCAGUGCCACAAUAACCACAUCAGUGCAGCUACAAAGAGUGUCUUUAUUCAUUGUUUCAUGUGGCGUGGCAUUGGUCAUUUCUACAAGUGUGAUUUCUGAAAGCUAUGUUUUCAAUUCAGCAUUUUGUCUGUUGGGUAAUGUGAAUUUCAAAGAAUAAAGUAACUAGUCAGUUGUAAGUUAGACAUUUUAAUCUAUUUUUAAGCUUAUUGUAUAUGUAAAAUUUUGAAUAAGUCACAAAGGUGUGAGAUUAUCUUCAGAAUAGUAUCACAGACCGUGACCCACAGUAAGCAUCAACAGUAUCAGAAUUAUGCUAUUUUUUCUCUAUAUGGCUCUUUAAAUUUAUGACUUAUGGGAGUUCAUAUUUUUAUUUUGGACUGUAGACAGUAACUGUGAGUCAUGCGAUCAGUCAUAUCGUAAUUUUUUUCAAUAUACCAACAUGAUUAGUAUCUAAAUCUCAAAGAAAAAAAAACUAUAAUAGAAUUUAAAAGAAAAACUCGAAGGGUUUGUUUGUGUCAGUAAGUCCACUGAGUUCUCUUUCCUUAAAGCUACCAAUCUUAUGACAAAAAUUUAUAAUCGUCAUUUGCUCAAACAAAUGUCCAUAUAAAAGGCAGUGCACAAAUUUCAUAACAUAUUUCUUUUAGCCUUUCAUUUUCAUCUUAUGUGAUAGACUUUUUUUUGAAUGAAUUAAAGUAUUUUAGGGAAAUUUAUUUGUUGGCUGUGAAGUUUAUAUCAUACACCUUCAUACUUACUAGUGAUGACUAAAAGCUGUUUCCAGGAGACAUCCUGGUACUUUAACCUCACAUUUUGUUUGUAUAAUUGGAAGUUUUGUGCAGAGCUAAAAUAUUUGACUCUUGGCACAUGUUAGAAUCCAUUCCUUUCAACAUAUCUCACAUAUCUGAGAAUGAAACAGGCAGUUUUGGAUUUUAUAGCUACAAGUUACAUGCAUAAUGCACCAGAUAUUGUGUUUAUAGUAUUCUCUGGUGACAGUUUGAGGCUGAUAUAGGUACUACAAGAGAAGGAAGAUAUAGACCAUGAACUGUUAGUCUUGGAAAUACUUUUCAUGCUUCAUCCAAUGACAGUAAAUUCCCUAGCUGUCCUCUACAGGUGGGGGAUGCAAAUACAGUUAUUAUUGUGGAGCAUAUAAUGACAAAUUGGGAAAUGGAAUCUAGUUUUUCAGGGGAUGUCUUGUAGGACAGGAAACUGUCAUUAUGCUUUGAAACAUGUGGAAGUUCAUAAAACAGACCCAAACAAACAAAAAUUGAGAAAUAGAUGAGGCAGAUGGAAAAAAAAUAAUGCCAAAAAAUGUAAAGUUAUGUUACUGAAUUGUGACUUUGGUGUUAAGGUGGCAUAAGAGAUUAACAUUUUGUGUUCAACAUCUUUAGAGAAGUGACUUGAAAUCCAAGUUUAAUUAGCUAAGAGUUUGUGAUGAAAGGAAAAAAGUGAAUCUUUUAAAGUAGAAACUAUUAUUUGUAUCACGACAAAUUAUUACUUGGCAAGGCGAACUAGUUACCUGCCUGGGGUGGCAGCACUGUUACGUGCAUGCCCAAGUAGCAGGGACAAGGUCCACUCAGUCGUGUGGGGCAAACUGAUAAGCUGCUUUGUAUAGAAAGGUAGGGAAAUUGACGUGGAAGUCGCCAAAGUAACAUUACUUCGAAAGGCUUGCAAAUAGCUUCAGCUGCUUUUUUUUAAUUAUAGAAUGGGACACUUGUCAUUGUGACUACUGACCUAUCUCUUUGAAAGAUUCCAGACCAGAACUGAAAUCUAGGUGGUAGGGCAGCAGAGAACUAGUUUCUUGCAAAAUUUUGUCAUUAAGAUAAAGAGAAGGCUGGUGUCACUUAAUUAGUGCUGGAAGUUUGGUUUACCUUGGAGCUAUUUAUUUUUAAUUUUUGUGAAAUAAUAAACUGGUAGCCAAGAUCGCAGGAAUUGUUUUUAUUCCGUGAUUACCGGUUUCAGCGAAACUAUAGCUGCCAUCUCGAAUCUUAGGACACAUAUAGGUUACACCAUCAAGGCAAACAAUGGUGAUAGUAAUACUUGCCUAUUACACGCUUGUAGAGGAGAAGUGAACACAAAAUGGAACUUUGAAUUCACAACAAUGAAAUGUUUCCUGGCACUACUGUUUGACUUUACUCCUUGCAAACUGUCAUUUCGCACCAUUUAUUAUCAGUGUAGCAGGUAAGAAUCCACAAUUUGUCUAAAUAAACGACUUGCCACUUUAAUUCUGAUACUUUAUUUCUUCAUAAAAAAAUCUAAUGUAAUAUAUUGUUUCCUCAAGUACAUUCUGUCAUCUGUACUUGUUCAUUCUGACACCUUAUAAAAAUGUUGAUGGAACAGUUUAACUUUCGCUUGCACAUUUUAUUGUCUUGUCAUUCUCAUUGUCAUUAAAUUUAGUUAUGGUAACAGCAAGUCAUCAGAGCUAACCCUGGAAGGUAUUUUCUGCAAUCGCUUUUUGUGUUCAUACUGAGAGAUAAUAAUGCACGCUACUUUGAAGUUGAAUACAACUGUACCUAGUGACGUGACUGAGUUAGUUCUCGCUAUGGCCAGGUAACCGCUUCACCAUGCCGAGUAAUUUUGUUUGUUUGUUUGUUUGUUUGUGUGUGUGUGUGUGUGUGUGUGUGUGUGUGUGUGUGACAGACAGAGAUAGAUAGAGAGAGAGAGAGAGAGAGAGAUAUUAAAUUAACAGGUACAGUUGAAUUGGUGUCCUAAUGUUACUUAGCAUCCCCAAUUUUUGUAUUAGUAUAGCUUUUUCCCUUAUAAUAAUUGAAAACGGUGCCACAGUUAGGUAAUUGCACACGGUUUUUACAUCAGUAUCCACUUCUAUGCUGAUUAGUAAAAAGUUCCCAGCAGAUCCAGUAAGACUCUGUGAAACACUUUAAUGAAUUCCAUAUUUUGAACUGUGAUGAUGAUGAUGAUAGCAGAUGUUUUCCGUUAAAGUUGCUUGCUGACUUACAAUAGAUCACUUUAGAAACUGUACAAUGCAACUGUGACUGAAAAAUCAUACUAGUAACAUAUUUAAAUGUCUCUCUAAUAAUUGUACUCAUUUGAAAUAUAUUUUCGUACAUUUUAAGACAAAUAUAUAGAAGUAAAUUUUGAAAUUGACUGUUAAGCUCCAAUACAUUAAGUAUAGCGAUGUUGAUUCAGUUAACAGCCAUAUGUUACACCUUGUACAUAAUAUAUUGUAUAGUGUUAAAACUGCAGGUAAUAUAUUGUACUCGUAUGUAAAGUUGCAGAAAAGAUAUUUUGUGUUAUGCACAGAGGAAGGAUAAAGAAAUUUUCAGGACUUGUUUAGAAUCUUCCAUUCCCAUCCUUAUCCACAUUCAUUCAACUUGAUACAGAAGGUGAGUGAGACUGAAGCCGUAAAUCAAGUAAAAAGAGAAUGCUUUAAGUGCCGUUCAGUAUAUGAAAUUAAUUGUUGCUUACAUGCAACAGAGACUGGUCCUGAGACAAUGUUAAAGCAGUAAAGAGACGUUGUUACUUACAAAUUGAAAUUUCAGGUAGGUUCAAGUUACGGGAAAGCCUGAACUGCAUAGAAGACAGUAUCUUAUUAUCUUAUUCAGAUAAUAUUGCUCAAAUUUACUAAUUCAAAAGCAGAGUUUUGUUCUGUUUAUCAUGAGUAAUACACUCACGACAAGAAGCAUGAGAUUCAAGUAUACGUGGACAUGAAUCACUGUUGGGAUUCAAGAGAAAAUAAUCAUGCCAUGUCACUGUUCGGCCAAUACAGUAUGUAUAGAUUAAUAGUCUGCUUACGUUCGUGAAGUGACAACAUCUCAACAGUCGCUUGCAAAAGUCUGAUAGAGACCAGAAAUUUGUAACAAGGGAUUCUCUCUAUUAGAAAGAGAGGAAUGAAUGAGGGGGAGGGGGGGGGGGGGACUCACUAUAUGUUCAUGCUAUAAGUCUCACAUUCUGGUAUUCCUCCUUCCAUACCUCCAUUUGCACAUCCCUGCGGUAUAAUAUGUUGUACCUCACAAAAGAAAAACUUGAGGUUUUGUAUAACAGAUGAUUAAAUGCUAUCACUGCCAAAGAGUUACUGAUAAGAAUGACUGGAGACGAAUGUAAAAUACUAAAUGGUAACAUGAAACUUAAAUUUCAUUCCUUCAACUUUAAUCUGGAGAGAGAAAAUCCCUGUUUCUGGAAACAUAAGCCUUAAGUUGUGUGUGACAAAAGAAUUAUUGUAGUGUUCCAUGCAAGUGGAUAGAUUUUAUUGGCCUCCAUUCAGUUGGAGGUGAAUAGUACCAAUUUUGGUGUGUAGCCUCGAUUUAUGUUUGUGAACAGUAACUACCAAAGUAAGCACAAAAGAAUGUGAAUAAAAAGUAAUUAAAUGAAA